AUGUCGCAACGCCAAACUGCUCUCCUAGUGACUGAAAUAGGGCAACAUUUGAGCAAAGCUACUCGGCCCAUUCCUGAGCCUAAGGAUGGAGAAGUCCUCGUUAAGAUCACAGUGGCUGGCCUGAAUCCUCAUGAUGCGAAGUCUCGUGACGAUGGGCUUUCCAUAAAAGGAUCUCUUCCAGCGGUCUUAGCCUCAGACAUUACAGGCCACGUUGUUCGCGUCGGUCCCAAUGUCACGCACUUCAAGCAAGGAGACCACAUAUUCGGACAAGCCCUACUGGCAAUUACCAGGCCUCCAGGAUAUACCGAUGCCGAACUUGCAACACUGCCCACCAACCUGGUCACUGCUGCUGUUGCGUUGUUCGAUUCUACUGGUUUAAAUAUACCAUCCCCUUUAGACACGACUGCACUUAAAUUCAAUUACGAAGAAGCAUCGAUUCUCAUUGUUGGCGGUGGCUCAAAUACUGGAAGGUUCGCCAUUCAGCUCGCUGCGAUAACAGGAAUCGGAAAAAUCAUCGUUGUCGCUAGCCUAAAUGGCGAAGCAGAUCUGAAAGCCCUGGGAGCAACGCACGUCAUCGAUAGAACAAAUCCGGGCACACACAUUGCAGCUGAUGUGAAGAGUAUUGUUGGAGAUGAUUCGAUUUACGCCCUUGAUACUAUUAAUGCACCGGAGGAUCAGUACAUUGGCGUCGAGGCUUUGUCAAACACCAAGACGGGUAAAUUCGCUCGUUUGAGACCCAGGGGACCGGUCGAUGAGUCGAAGUUAUCGGCGAAAAAGCCUCUAGGCUUUGAGACACUGAAUAUACUGGGUGCUUCGAAUGUAAGAACCGCUACUAGUGUUCCCUUGUGGGAACGGGUUAGUGGUCUUGUUGCAGAAGGAAAAAUCAAGCCGACUAGCUUUAAAGUUAUCAAGGGUCUUGACUUGGAUAAGGCUAAUAUGACUCUGGAUGGCUACUCGAAUGGGGCUCUGAGUGGUCAAUGGCAGGUGCAUAUUUGA